AUGCGGCUGAAGCUACUACUUCUCACGCAACUUGUUGCGACAGCAUUUGGCGCGAACACGGUUCCACCCAGCAUCUGGAACUACACCUACCCAUGGCCAGUACAGUACUUUGAGUUUGCGUCGCAACGCGCAAAUCUCUCCAUGGCUUACAUGGAUGUACCCUCUCAAAACACCAGCUAUGCCUCAAACAAGACCAUCAUGCUUCUCCACGGCAAGAACUUCUGCGGCGCGACAUGGGAGGACUCAGCGCGUCGCCUCUCAGCCCACGCAUACCGCGUCAUUAUCCCCGAUCAAAUCGGCUUUUGCAAGUCAUCCAAACCACCCGCCUACCAGUUCUCGCUGCAGCAGCUGGCGCGAAACACACAUCUCUUGCUGCAAAGCCUAGGCGUGGAGUCAACAUACGUACUAGGACACUCCAUGGGUGGUAUGUUGGCCACGCGAUUCGCCCUCAUGUACCCAGAGCAAACAUCCCAUCUCAUUCUCACAAACCCCAUCGGUCUGGAAGACUGGAAAGCACUUGGAGUCCCAUGGCGCAAUCUCGACGCUUUGUACAAAGACGAGCUGGCCACCAACUACACAUCAAUCCGAAAAUACCAACAGGCAACCUACUACGUCAAUACCUGGAAGCCGGAAUACGAUGUCUGGGUGAAUAUGCUAGUCUCACUUUACCAAACGUCGCCCGAGAACAUCGACUUUGCGUACAAUAUGGCGCAGACGACGGAUAUGGUCUUGACUCAACCGAUUGCGUAUGAGUUUGAGCUAGUGCAGCCUAAGACUCUUCUAUUGAUAGGGACAAAGGACACGACGGCUAUCGGUAAAGCUUGGAGCCCACCAGAUGUACAAGCCAAGAUAGGUAAAUACGAGGUGUUGGGUAAAGAAGCGGCGGCGAGGAUUCCAAACGCGACGUUGAUCGAAUUCGAUGAUCUAGGCCACAGUCCCCAAGUCCAGGACAGCGAAAGAUAUCAUAGCGCGCUGUUUGGAUGGUUGGAGGGAUCUAAUUGA